AGGGCGACGGAAUUUUUUUCUUAGAUAACUGUACAUCCUUCUUUCACUUUCAGCCAACACUAACUGUAGCCUAAAAGGGAGGAAAACUCAAAUCACCUGUGGUGUGCUAGAAGAAAUAUUAUCUGCACAUAUGAUAAUCAUGGCCUCUGCUUUCUUUAUUACGUUUGAAAGCAAAGGCAUAGUUGUAAAUGGAGAUCAUUAGGCUGGUGGUUUGUCUUCUGUUCAGUUAGAUCAGUUGACUUGUAUUAGUGGUAGAAAAACAAAUUAUCGGCAUGUUAUUUCAGCACAUGUUCUGUAAGAAUAGGUCACAAACAGUAUUUUUUUUCUUUGAAAAUAAUUUUUAAAUUUCUGAAAACUUAUAUCAUCGGUGUGGAGGAAUUCAACUGAAAACUGCUUUUUAUGAACCAUAACUUAAAAGGGUCAAGAUGGAUAGCACAGAUGAACCUCAGAAAAAAGUCUUUAAAGCGCGAAAAACAAUGAGAGUAAGCGAUCGACAACAACUUGAAGCUGUCUAUAAGGUUAAAGAGGAGCUGUUGAAGACAACUGAAGUGAAACUGUUAAAUGGAAAACAUGAGAAUGGAGAUUCUGAUUUAAAUUCCCCUUUAAGCAAUUCAGACUGUAUGGAGGACAAGAAGGAAGUUAAUGGCAUAGUUGACUUGUGUGUUAACUCUGAAGAAGAAAGAACAGCUUCUGAUGAAAUUAGUGAGGCCAAAAGCCCUGAAAGUAGGACAGGAAACAUAGUCAGUGACAUAGAAUCCAAACCUCUGACGCUGUCUCCAGAAAAUACUACUCCUGAGCAAGAUAAAGAUACUGUUACUGCAGUAGCUUGUGAGGCAGAAAAUGGAGUGCUUGGUAGCAAUAAAGACAACUUCCAUGAACAAAAUGAUACAAAAGAUCAUUUGGACCAAAGAAAGAGUGACAUCCCAUUGGAAGCUGAAAGUAAAUCAGUCGAUGAUAUUACUGACUCUUCUGAAGAAAAGGGAGAAACAAAUAAUAUAACCGUUAAUUCCAGUUCACCUAGUGGGGAAAAGAGGACUGAAGUAGUUACUGUUGAAGAGGCUGUUGGAGAAGCAGCCAUCUCUAGCAGUAUGGAAGCUGACCAGGAAAAACAAGAGGGCAGUGCAGGUCUUUCAGAAACCGCUGUUCCGAAGACAUUAGAUGAGCCAAGUCAAAGUAUCUUGGACAAUACUGACUCUAUGGAAACAGAUGAAAUUAUUCCAAUUUUGGAAAAACUAGCCCCUGCUGAAGAUGAUCUGAGCUGUUUUUCUAAAAGUUCUCUGCUUCCAGUGGAUGACACAGCCCCAGAUUUAGAAGAAAAAAUAGACAACUGUUUGGGUUCACCAUCCAAGCAGGAAAGCAAUGAAAGUCUGCCAAAAGAGGCUUUCUUAGUACUAUCUGAUGAAGAGGAUCCCUGUGAUGAGAAAGAGGAACGGGUUGAAGGGGUAGUAUCAAACAAGUCAAGUCUUCCAGAAGAGGUGAAGGAGGAGAGAAGAAACGAGAGUGAGGAGAAUAAAGAAGGAGAAGAGGCCCACAAAGAAGAGAAACAAACAGAGAAAAGUGAAGCAUUAAAGAGAAAGCGUUCCAAAUCUGAGGACAUGGAUGAUGUUCAUUUUAAACAUCGUCGGUACAUGGAAGAAGAUUAUGAGGCAGAACUCCAAGUAAAAAUUACAGCCAGAAAGGAUGUUGACCAAAAAUUACAAAAGGUUAUCCAGAAACUGUUAGAAGAAAAACUUAGCACUUUACAGUGUGUGAUAUUUGACAAGACUCUGGCAGACUUGAAAACCCGAAUAGAGAAAGCUGAAUGUACCAAGAGGCAUAAAACUGCGUUUACUGAACUGCAGGCUAAAAUUGCUAGAUUGACAAAGCGGUUUGGAGCAGCCAAGGAGGACUGGAAGAAGAGACAGGAAAAUUCAGCAAAUGCACCUGCAUCUCCAGGGAAAGCAGCAACUGACACUGCAAAUACAAACAAUGCCACGUAUCGAAAUGCUGGCACAGUGAGGCAGAUGCUUGAGUCAAAGAGGAACGUAGGAGAGAGCACACCAGCAACUUUUCAAGCACCUGUGAGUGCAGUGCCAGCUUCCAGUCUUGCUCCUUAUCCAGCAGUUGUCAGUGGACAUCCUAAGCUUCAAACUCCAGUGACCUCCACCAGCUCUUUGACGACAGCAGUUCUUCCCACAGCUAACACAGCUACGGUUGUAGGCACUAACCAGGUGCCCGCUGGAAGCACUCAGUCAGUGGCUGUCUCAUUGCAGUCUUUGCCCGUAAUCUUGCAUGUCCCUGUUGCAGUGUCAUCCCAGCCUCCGCUUCUGCAAGGCCACACAGGGACUUUGGUCUCUAACCAGCAGUCAGGCAAUGUUGAAUUUAUAUCUGUACAAAACUCAUCUACAGUUGGUAGCCUUACCAAAACUACAGUGUCUUUGGCAUCAACUAACACAACUAAACCAAAUAGCAUUCCACCUGUGCCCAGUCCUGGUAUUCAAAGGAACUCUACGACCAGUGCUGGGUCAAUAGGCACAACGUUGGCAGUGCAGGCUGUUUCUACUGCACAUCCUGUUGCCCAGACCACAAGGACUUCUUUGCCCACAGUGGGUACUUCAGGACUUUAUACUGCAACCAGCAGUCGAGCGCCCCUACAGAUGAAGAUUCCUGUCUCUGCAUUUAAUAAUACAGCGCCUACUGAACCACCCACCGUUGUAGCAUCCAAGAUUGACAGCCAGACAAGCAGGCCACCAACAGAUACUUCGGCAAACAAGCGAACUGCUGAGGGAACAACACAGAGCGGGAAGGUCACAGGAAGUGAAUCAGGAGGUGUCAUUGAUCUUACACUGGAUGAAGAGGAUGAUAACUCUUCUCCAGCAGAUGGCAAGACGCAGAAGCAGAACCAGACACCAGUUACAGGACUGAGCAUACCCACGCAGCCCUUGGCUCGGCCCUUGCAACCCAAUUUGCCGCCUUUGCAGCCAAACCCUGUGCAGCAGACAGGUGUGCCGACCAGUGGGCCUUCCCAGACCGCUAUACAUGUAUUACCUACAGCUCCGACAACAGUGAAUGUAACUCAUCGACCAGUGACUCAAACUACUCCAAAGCUUCCUAUACCAAGAACCCCUGCUAACCAUCAGGUGGUCUAUACCACUAUUCCUGCACCACCAGCUCAGAAUCCUGUAAGAGGAGCUGUCAUGACAAAUCCAGGUUUAAGGCCAGUCAACCCACAGGCUGGAGGUAUGGCAGUGCGAAUGCCUCAGACAACCUAUGUCGUGAACAACGGGCUGACUCUCGGGUCUGGAGCACCUCAGCUGACAGUGCAUCAUCGACCGCCGCAAGCGCACGCUGAGCCACCACGCCCUGUACAUCCUGCCCCACUUCCAGAGGCACCACAGCCACCACGUCUGCCCCCUGAAGCUGCCAACACUUCUCCGCCUCAAAAGCCACAGCUGAAGCUGGCACGGGUACAGAGCCAGAAUGGAAUUGUGCUGUCAUGGAGUGUCAUGGAGGUGGACAGGAGCUGUGCCAAUGUGGACAGUUACCAUCUCUACGCCUACCACGAGGACCCAAGUGCCACUAUGCCCUCCCAGUGGAAGAAGAUCGGGGAAGUGAAGGCCCUCCCUCUCCCUAUGGCAUGCACUCUUACACAGUUCGUGUCUGGCAGCAAAUACUACUUUGCAGUCCGGGCUAAGGACAUCUAUGGACGCUUUGGACCGUUCUGUGACCCCCAGUCCACAGAUGUGAUCUCUUCUCAGAGCAGUUAAACGGAGAUCUUUGGAGCCUUUAAACCUGCCCUGGUACCAAGAAUUACCCCAGUUCUGGGGGGAGUUGAUCCCAUGCAUGUAAUUCACUUUUAAAUCCACUCUCUGCAGAAUUAUUUUAGACAGUUGUGUGAUACACUACAUGCAUUCAGAACCAAAAGAAAAAUAGUCACCUGCAGCAAGAGAUCCUGUUUUUUCUGAAUAGUUCAUGUCAUGGGCCAUUUGAAACUUUCAUUUUUGCUUCCAUGACAGCUGUUCCAUAUAGAUACCUACAUACCCUUUAUCCAAGGGCAUCCUGAAUGCCUGGGAUUCUGCUUCUGAGUGGGAACAAAACAGUAAAUUACAGUUUGUCUGAAGCAAAACACACACAUUUGUACUGGAAGAUUGAGUGGUCUGGUCUUACUUUACAAACUGGAAUGAACUCUCUGAGGGAAGGGAAGGGAAGGGAACUUCUAGUCUGGCCAGGAACCCAUAUGUAUGUAAAUUUGGAGGUGGUGGGGGGAAAAAAAAAUCACCCCACAACCUCCUACCUCUUAUAAAUAAGAACGCUCCUCUACUUUCACCAUCCUCCCCCACUUGCCCUGGGAGCAUUCCCAGGUCGUAUCUGACAGUGAAUUGUAGAGCUGCAUUCACACCUCUCUAGUUCAGACAGUUUCUCUGCCCCUCCCCUCAUACAUCCAGCCCUAUUUUUUAGAUUUAUUUUGUGCCUUAAAGAAUAAUUUCAAAAAUAAAAUGUAGCCAGAUACCUUGUGGUGUUCUUUUAUUUGCUUGGAGUUAUUUUUCCCUUUAUCCUUCUAGUCUUUCACUAGUGCUUUUCAUUUUCCAGGCCUGCUGUAAUUAUUAUUUCUGUUAAGACCAGGAAGUGCAACAUCUGCUGAUGCUGAACUCGUUUUUAUCUGCAUUCUAUCUGAGUAUCACUCAACCCUUUCCUCACUGUAAUUCUUGAGCAGUUGUUUUUGUCCUGUCAAGAAUAUUACAGUAUACAGACAGUAUUUUCCACCCAAGCCUUUCCCUGUUCUUUUGGGAAAGCUGUAUGCUGCAAUUCAGCCAAAGAAGAAACCUCUGUGGUGUGGCACUAUGAAAGCUUCUGCCUGUUGGCACUCAGUUUGGAUGUUCAGUGAGUACGGAAAGAGAAGUUGGCUUCCCAGUUGUCUUCUCUCUCUCAGCCCCUGCCUGCCUCUGCAGAAAACCAACACAGCCAAAGGAGUUUAGAAACUAUUUUAGACACUGGCCUAAACCUUGUGAGUAAUUGCAAAUGUUAGUAGAUGCUUUCAUGAUGCUUCUGAGCUGAGAAAAGAAAAUUGGUGCAUCUGCCCCGCUGUCGUUGACAUGUUAAACUUGCUGUUUGCAGAGCCAAGUUGUAACUCACCUGGACAAGAAAGUGUAUGUAAGGUUUUGAUUUUGGCAAUUUUCAGUUGCAUUCCUGCCCAACAAAACCAAACAGUGGGUUUAGAGGGGAAAGAUUCUUUUUUUUAAUCCAUCGUAUAGCAAAGGUGCAGAAUAUAAUAUUUUUUCAUUUCGAUACCCUUUUUCUUACAACCAACAUUUUGAAAUGUAAAGCAACGUUGAAAAAGUGUCAGAAAAAUUAAAUCCCAAAACAGGACUGGUGAAAUAUACUAUGAGAUUAUGGGUUCUUUAGUUAUGUUCCUUUUGAGAACUUUUAACACUGAAAGAAAUGUCAUUGUAUACUUUGUCUGGUUUACUGUACUCCAUGUAGCUGGGAUUGUCACUUCUGUCAAGUAAGCAACAGCUAUUCUCGGUGUGGAAACUUGCAUUUAAAGUAUAGCGGUUCUGUUGAUUUGGGCAACCAAAAAUUCUGGCUAAAUCCAAGUAUCAUCAGAGAAGGUUCACACCAACUCUCAUGUAGGAACGAUUUUCUCUGAACUACAGCUCUCCCUGUAUUUCUGGUGCCAAUAAUCAAAAAUGCCUUGAAUUUGUCUAUGUUUAAUUAAUUUUUUGUCUGCCUAUUUCAAGGAAUAAUUACUUAAUAAUGCAUUUAGUCUUAUUUAGUCUAAAGUGGGGUUCUUAUAAAGCCAGUUCUGUAGUAGAGGUUAGAGCAGUUCUUUCCAGUUGAUGGCUGUCAAGUCCUGCUUGGGCAAUUUUUUUUUAAUGUGUCUUUGAGGUUGUACCAAAGAGCCCUUGGCCAUAUCAGUACAAUGAAGUUUUACAGUUUUAAAAUUAGACUACAGUCUGGAAUUUAUGCACUUAUUUGUGAUUCCAGCCCAAACAAUAAAUGAGCUUUUCUAUAAUUUGUGCUUGCACUUAGAUCUUGUUUUUAGGUUUGUCUUGUUUGGGAAAGGCAGGGGGUGCGGGCCCUGCAUUAGAAUUUUUUCUUUCCUUCAGUGAAGUAUUAUUAGGGAUGGUCUGGCAUUCUGUUUGGAGGUUUUGCAGGUUGCAUCCUUAGAGAAAGAAGACUCACCUUUAUUUACUCCAGAUGUAGUUCUUCACUGAACUGAUUGUGAAAACUGGCUUCUGGCUUAACAGACCCCUUAUGCUACCGAACACGGGUAUUGCUUAGUUCCUUACCUCAUGGCACUUACCCCAUGUGGUGGAGUGGCUGGUUAUUUUAUUAUCCUUUACCUCCUAGAAAGAAUAAAGCUACUGAGAAACUAAAUUUCUGCUAGCAACAAACAAUCAGAAGUAAUUUGUUUCAUUUAUUAGAAUUUAUUUGGAAGUAUUACCAGAAUAUUCAGGAACACUCAUUACAGGUCUGUUACUGCUGUGUCUCUAGACUGGUCUCCUCAUUAGCAUCAAUUGCUUGAGCCUUCCAGUAAUCCACUUUUAAAUAUGCUAAAAAGCUGUAUAUGGCUUUUAAGUGGAAGAGUUGGUUUUAGUUUCUUCUCUGCACUUGAUGCAAGGUUUUCCAUCUGACUUUAGGUAGCCUGGUAUAAAGUUGUUCCUGAUUGUGUGUUUUGCUGCUGCCUCUGGGUACGCAACAUUUCUGCAGUACUGCCCUGGAUUUAGUUUCCCAUGUUUUAGCAAACACGGCACUGAUUCUGCAGCUGUGUUUUCCACCAUUAUUUACUUUCUGGUGUGUUUUAGGUUUUGGUUGUGUGUCGCAACAGCCUCUCAAUGUCCAGGCUGAAUGUAAUUUGAGUUAGUCCACCUACUUGUAGAGGAGCCCUGCUGUGCAGUGCUGAUGGCAAAAUGCCAUUCCUGUCCACUGCACUUCUCCUAGUUGCAGCUUCACUGGCCUCUUUUAUUUUGCUCUGUGUCUAAAAAAGCUUUAUUGCAAACAAAAAACUAAAGCCGUGGAGGGGGCAGGCUGCAAGUGUAGCAUCUGUACUGCGCCUGCAGUGGCAGCUUCAGAAAGCACAAGGGUGCAGAGGCAGGUUCCCCUCAGCCUGUAAUUAUUUCCAUGCUCUGAGCAGCUUCCCUAGGAGUAGCAGUUGGGCUUAGACUUUGCUCCUUUGAAUUAUUUGUACUACCUUUGGCCACGUUAGAUCACUGAGCACAAGCACUGAGACACUCACCCAUUCCCAAGGUUUUUAGCACUAGGCUGGAAACACCCAUGGUGUUUUCCCUGUAAAAUUAAGGGGUCUUACCCUGCUUCCUUUGAAAAUGAAGGCAAAACCCCUUGUGCCUUCACUGGGAGCAUGAUUGGACCAAGUGGUAGAAUCUGAACACCAUUUUGUACUGUAACAAAACCAGUCACUUCAGCCCACCCUUCAUGCUGUUUGUCUUAAAUGUCCAAUAAAUUAAAAUCUGUAUUGUAUGUAGGAAUGAGUCAUGUUUGUUGCUGCUCCCUAAACAGCCAUUCCCCAGGAUGAGUAUUGCAUACACUGUAAAAAAUCAAGCUGUGAUUCUGCCUUCUUAUAAACUCUUUUGAGUAUUUUCCUUUAGUCAAAAAUAUCUAUGCAGAUAUUUUAAAUAGAAGCUUGAUAUAUUAAAUAUAUAUUUUUUUAGUUUUGCUGAUUUGGGUUGGGCUGGGCGUUGUACGAAAACACUGGAGGGAGAGGAGUUCAAAUGACACUGAGCCAGGCCUGCUACCCAAGUCUGUAUUCCCUUAAAAACAUCUUCUGAGGGGAGAAGGAAAAUAAUAAGGAUAGCUAGGAGAAAGCAAAUGAAUGAUUUUUCCUUUUCAUUCCUUUUAAGUUAAAAAUGCAUCUUUAUUUCUUAUCAUCAUUAUGCAGGCUGAGUAUUCUUUUCUUCUCUUUUAUAUACAUAUACACAUG